CGCGCACAAGGACCCUCUGCUCUUCAUACUCAUUCGACUCAUCUUUACACUGAGAAACAACAACACAGUGCAGGUAUCGACAGAUUGGGUUCGCUGCCAUGGAGGGUAAUCAAAGUGGCUUGGCUGGAAGCACACAGCCGUCUGUGUCAGGAGAACAGACAGAUGGACACAUUUAUGAGGUUGCAGUACAGAACAACUCCACCAACCGCAGCUCCCAGUUUGCAGAUGUGGCUCUGCUGCAGACGUUCAAGCCUCUCAUCAUCCCCUGUUACUUGCUUGUCGUGGCAGUUGGCGUCUUUGGGAAUUACCUACUACUCUAUGUAAUCUGUCGAACCCGCAAGAUGCACAACGUCACCAACUUCUUCAUCGGAAACCUGGCCUUCUCUGACAUGCUCAUGUGUGUGACAUGCGUCCCCUUUACUCUCGCCUAUGCCUUCAAUCCACGUGGUUGGGUAUUUGGCCGGUCUAUGUGCUAUCUGGUGUUCCUCAUCCAACCGGUCACAGUCUAUGUUUCAGUCUUUACACUCACUGCUAUUGCUGUGGACAGAUAUUAUGCCACAGUUCAUCCCCUGAAGAAGCGCACCUCUGUGGCUACAUGUGCCUCCGUCCUCACUGGCAUCUGGCUGCUGUCCUGUGGACUGGUAGCUCCAGCUGUCACUCACACCUACUAUGUAGAGUUCAAAGAUGAAGGCUUCACCAUCUGUGAGGAAUUCUGGUUGGGUCAAGAGAAGGAAAGACGUGCUUAUGCGUACAGCACCCUGUUGGUCACUUAUGUCCUGCCAUUGUCAGCUGUCUUUGUGUCUUACCUCUGUAUCACUGUCAAACUGAGGAAAUGUGUUGCACCAGGGCACAGGUCACAAGUCCAGGCAGGUGCUCAGCAAGCUCGUAAGAGGAAGAUCUUUCGUCUGGUUGCACUCUUGGUGUCUGCCUUUGCAUUGUGUUGGCUUCCUAUUCAUGUAUUCAAUGUACUGCGAGACAUAGACAUUCACCUCAUUAACAAGCGUUAUUUUUUACUCAUCCAGCUGCUGUGUCACCUGUGUGCAAUGAGCUCAUCUUGUUGUAACCCCUUCCUCUAUGCGUGGCUACAUGACCGCUUCCGCGCCGAGUUAAGGAAAAUGUUCAAGUGCCGUCAUCGCAUUGGAGUGCCUGCCAAUCACUGUGCUGCCAGCGUGGUCUUGUAAUUACGCGGCGAAGGGAAUCCUUUGUUGUUAUUUCUUUGUACGUUGCUGAUUCAUCUUGAGUACAGAUUGAAACUUUGUUGUGUCACCAAAUCAAUGGAGUUCAUCCUGUGGCCAUUAUCAUGGUGAGCCAGCCAUAAGUUAGGCUGUGUACAAAGAUGAUGGAUUCUUGAGACAUUAGCAUAGAUGUGUUCAGUCAAUUUCAUGGCAAUCUCACUCUUUGAUAUGUCAGUGUAAAAAUGUGAUAAUUUGAUCAGAGUGUGUAACUAGGGGAAAAGUCCAUUUUGAAGAAAGUGACUGUGCCCAGUAAAUUUCAAGGCAAUUUGCUGUUUGUCAUCAGUAUAUAUGUCAGAAGACUCUAAGAUGCUUUGUCAUAGCCCGUAGUAUUGGUGGCAGGAAACUUUCAUGAGUUAAAUGAAAAGUCAUUGAAAUGACAGUCGGGUAGCACACAUUAUGUCUUUGGAAUAAAACACAAAUAUCUAUACCAAACCCCAAAGAAAUCAGGAGGUGGUUGUAUCAGAUGGACAAACUUAAUGACUGACCAACACUGCUACUGGAACAAAGACAUUUUGUAACUAAAAACUUUUUGUAACUAGUUCACAGUUGAUAAAAUAUGCCAGUAAAAACUGAAACAGGUAUGAGAAAGGACUGUGAAGAUGUAAAUGCUUGUGUAU